GCUGGCUUGGAAGGGAGGCAGCACCAGCAUGUUGAGAACAAGGAAGCCUGGAAGAAGCAACUGGAGACGAAAAAGCAGGGCAGGACAAGAGAAAUGGAAACCAAUGGCAAAAGAGCCGGCGAGGGAGACAGAGCAGAGACCACCGGCUACCUGGCCCCUCGGGAAGCUGGACAUCCCAAUGCCCCACAGCAUCGGCUCCCACUUAGACCUGCAACCUACUCAGGGUGUUUGAAUUGCAGCAGCAUGGUGGAACUGGCAGGGCGUCUCACCAGCCUGGAAGCCAAGGUGGCGUUACUGUCCGCGUCCCAGCCCACCACCUCCCCGGUACCCAGUCUGCACCUCGUCACCCCCUCCCAGCCCUGGGGGUUCCUCUCCAGCCCCGGCCAGGAGGGCAGGGCAGGGAAAGUAGGGUCGCCAGGCCCCCCCGGCCCACUGGGCCCCAAGGGAGAUGCUGGGAGCCGGGGGCCAUCAGGAAUCCCUGGAGCCAGGGGUCCCCCGGGGCCGUCAGGCCCCCCGGGGAUGCCAGGGCAGGAUGGAGCCAGGGGCCUCCCCGGAGAGAAGGGGUUACCCGGCCUGCCAGGGCCCCCAGGGCGCCCGGGCCUCCCUGCCCCCGUGGGGCCGACGAUAUCCCGCGUUCCUGCCACGCGGGACCCAAACAGCUUCACCGACUCCAGCAGCGGAGGCGUCAUGGGGCCUGCGGGGCCCCCAGGCCCUUCCGGGCCAAUGGGUCUCCUGGGCCCCCCAGGACCAGCCGGGCUGCCAGGCCCACCGGGGCGCGAUGGGGAGGGGUUACCCCCGCUCCGAGAGGCUUUGAAGAUUUUAGCUGAGAGGGUUUUAAUCUUGGAGACAAUGAUUGGGCUGUAUGAACCGGAGCCAGGUUCGGGCGCUGGCCCCUUCAGCACUAGCGCCCCCAGCAUCCAGCGGAGCCAACGCCACGGGCUGGCAGCCUCCAGACUCCACCCACCCCCGGAGGACACCAGCAAGUGACCAGGCGGCGGCCCUGCACCGGAUUCAGCUCCUCCAGCACUGAGCACCCUGGGGCAACCCCCAUCCCGGCUGUCGCAGGGCAGCA